GAAACGGUCAGAUACUGAAAUGGGAAAACAUAAGCACGGAAAUCGAAAGCGAUACCUCUGCAACGUAGACGUUCCACUGUCCCGAUCUACGGCCAGCGUGCUGAAAUCUUCCACCGGAGAUAAUCUUCUACCAGCGGCACCGAAAUCGAUCCUGAAACCAACCACAUCUGCCGCCGCCCGGUCAGCACAAAAUCAGCCAGCGCCAUCAACAACAGCACCUUCAUCUUCGGAAGCUACAAAAUACAAACAACCGGAACUUCACACUACACUCGGUUUAAGUAAACGCAUCGAAACGGUUAAGAAGUUGGAACCACAGCCAAUCACCAGCAUGGGACAGUUGACGCCCAAUAGCAAAAAGCGGGUUAAUACACAGAUAACGAAGCAGCUUAACCAUCAGUACGAUCAAUCGGUAUUUAAAAAGCUUGCACCGGUAAACGUUAACGACACGGUACUGUUACCAGCACCCGGAAGCCGUACGGCUGCCGCAUCUUCCAAAUCGAAAUACCUGUUCAAGGAUAAGAAAGAUCCGGAACCAACGCUCAGUGACUAUCUGAGACCGAUUCCCCGCUUUACAAUCGACUUUGUACCACACAUUUCGACACCGCAGCUGAUGCGCGUUACUGCCGGUGACUCGUGGAACAACUUCCACAACAUCGAGUACGUACAACGAAUAAUGGAAGAGCACUGAGCGCACACAAGAAAUACCCAUUUGAGCAUUUAUUGAAAUGAUUUCUUUUUUCACCCUUUUUUGGGGGGAUUUCCACUUUAGAAAC